AUGCCGACGCCAGUCCCGGCCGCGGCGGGCACGCCCGGCGGCGGUGACGCCGAGUCGGCGAAGCUGGCCGUCUGGAAGGAGGCGCUGUACGACCGGUGCAGGGAGUCCGGGACGGACCUCUUCUCGCAGGACGACCUGCUGCGGCUCGAUGUCAUCCCCAACCGCGACCUGAUGCUGCUCGCGCGCGUGGUGCAGUCCCUCAGCGAUGACAAGCUCUUCAUCACCAUGCGCGAGGCCUCGGGCCAGGUGCUCUGGAAGUGGCGCGACGCGCAAGAAGCACACAAGUACAAGCAAUGCUCGACGGACGAACAGGUCAUGGUGUACUCGCUCAUCGACGACUCAGGCGGCGACGGCAUCUGGUCGCAGACGCUACAGAAGCGCCUCAACAUGCACGACUCGGUGCUCAAGAACGCGCUCAAGCAGCUGCAGACCAAGGGCCUCAUCGCACCCUUCAAGAACGUCGAGCACCCCAACAAGAAGAUGUUCAUCAAGGCCUCCAUCCGGCCCUCGGACCGCGCCACCGGCGGGCCUUGGUACACGGACCAGAACCUCGACGAGGCCUUUAUCGAGGAGCUGCAGCGCGUCGUCUUCGACUUUGUUAAGCGCCAGAGCGGCUACCUGAGCACCCAUCAUCAUAAUUCCUCCUCCGCCGCCGCCGGCGCUGGGGCCGGUGCCAGGACACAGGUGCCGAAAAAAGGCGUGCUGAAAGGCAGCGCCUCUGCCGCUGCAGAUAGGGGCAAGAAGCGCGGCGCGCAGGAAAUGAGCGGCAGCACGUCCGCCACCCCGACGCCCAAGACGGCCCGCAUCUCGUCGACCAGUCGGCGCGAGCCCGCCUUGCUGCCCCUCCCGGCGGGCUACAUGGGCUACCCGACAGUGCGGGACAUCGCCCGCCUCCUCUCCAGCAGCGGCAUCACCAACAACACCAUCUUGUCCGAGGACGACGUCAAGAAGCUCGUCGACGUGCUCGUCUGGGACAACCUCGUCGAGCCCGUCAAGAUCGCCGGCAAGGUCGGCUACCGCGUCGCCCGCGUCGCCAAGCAGUCCACCGAGAGCUGGGCCGGCCGGGAGGACCCCACGGGCCGCGACGGCGGGCCGCAGCCCUACCUCAGCCCCUUCACCGAGGCGCCGUGCGGGCGGUGUCCCGUGUUCGAGCUGUGCGAGGAGGGUGGCCCCGUAAGCGCGAGCAACUGCGAGUACUUUAAACGCUGGCUGGGGGUAGAUUAA